GUUAGGGGUAGGGUUAGAAUAAUGAUUUAAGUGUUUGGAGUAAUUUAGUCAUUAUAUCAUUUAAUUAGUGCUAUUUUGAAGAUUUUGUUCUAUUUUGUCAUAAAAAUAAUUUGUUAUCUUAUACAUUUGCCAAAAGUAAAUAUAUUGAAACGAUUUAUAAAGAAAGAUAAAUAGAGAAAAAUAAUAAUUAGAACUUGUUUAAAAUUGAACCGUUAGUCGCUCCCUGCCCAUUCUUGUAUUCCACUCAAUCGUAACAACCCCUUUUCCCUCUUUCACUUCCUUUCUAGGGUUUAUUUUCAGUGAGUGAUUCACUUUCUUUCGAGAGAUCGAAGAAGAGAGAACGAACAAUAUGUCGCUGAGACCCAACGAGAAGACCCAUGUCCGUCGAAACAGUCACAAGGUGGCUGUGGAUACAGAGCAAAGCCGAAGAAGAAGAGAGUCCAAUCUAGUCGAAAUCCGCAAAAGCAGACGCGAAGAAAUCUUGAAGAAGAAGCGACUCCAUGUUACGCAAGAAGCUCCUCACGAUUCCACUCUUCCUUCCCCCGCCGCCUCCGUUGAUAAAAUGUUGAGGAACCUCAUUGGUCUUGUCGCUGGAGUUUCGUCGGAUGACCCAUUAUCGCAGCUCGAGUCCCUUAACCAGUUCAGGCUGAUUCUAUCGACCAGCAAGAAUCCUCCUAUUGGCAUGGUGAUAGAAUCUGGUGUUGUGCGUCGUUUCGUUGAGUUUCUUAACAAGGACGAUUCACCUUGGCUUCAGCUUGAGGCGGCUUGGAUUCUAACGAACAUUGCUUCUGGGACACGUAAGCACACCCAAGUGGUUAUUGAUCACGGUGCUGUUCCAAUAUUUAUCAAGCUUCUUGCUUCCCCUGAUGAAGAUGUCCGUGAACAGGCUGUAUGGGCGUUGGGUAACGUUGCUGGUGACUCACCACAAUGCCGUGACUACGUUCUUGAGUGUGGUGCAAUGAUGCCACUCUUGGCUCAGCUGAAUAAGCACUCUACGUUGUCAAUGAUUACAAACGCCACCUGGACUUUGUCUAACUUUUGCCGUGGCAAGCCUAAGCCAGCGUUUGAACAAGUCUCACCUGCUCUCCCCGCAUUAGAACGACUUGUUCACUCCAACGAUGAAGAAGUCUUGGCAGAUGCUUGCUGGUCACUUUCGUUUAUGUCUGAUGGUGGAGAAGAAGAGAUUCAAAGUGUGAUUGAAGCUGGUGUUGUCCCAAGACUAGUUGAGCUUCUCUUACAUCCUUGUCCAAGUGUGGUUUCUCCUGCACUUCGUACCAUUGGGAAUAUAGUUUCUGGAAAUACUCAACAGACUCAGCGUGUGAUCAAUUGUGGAGCGUUACCCAUUCUUGUCAAGCUUCUUACUCAAAACUAUAAGAAGAGCAUAAAGAGGGAUGUCUGCUGGACAAUUGCAAACAUCACUGCGGGCAUUAAAGAACACAUUCAGUUAGUUAUUGAUGCAACUAUGAUUCCAAGCUUGGUACAUCUAGCUCAAUACGCUGAGUUUGACAUAAAGAAAGAAGCUCUAUGUGCAAUAUCAAACGCUACCAGAGGUGGUUCUCAUGAACAAAUCAAGUACUUGGUGGAGCAGAGGUGCAUAAAGCCUCUAUGUGAUAUCUUGGUGUGUCAAGAUCCAAGUGUCAUCUCGGUGUGUCUGGACGGGUUAGAAAACAUUUUGAAGGUUGGAGAGGUGGAGAAGAGUAGAGGACAUUUGAACUAUUCUCAACUGGUUGAAGAUGCGGAAGGGCUAGAAAAGAUUGAGAAGCUGCAGAGUAAUGACAACAAUGAGAUCUACGAGAAGGCUGUGAAGAUUCUUGAGACGUAUUGGGUUGAACAGGAUGAUGAUGAGGAGACACAACAAGAAAAAGAUGCAGGUGAUGAUGGUUCUCAUCUAAGCAUCGAAUUUGGAAGGAAACGAGUUCAAGUACCUCCUGGAGGAUUCAACUUCGGUUGAAGGUAAUUUAAAACUUACAAACUGUAAAGAUUCUUCUAUAGGAUAAUCUUAGAGUCAUCAUUGUUUUCUCACGGCUUUACUUGGUCGCUAACUGUAAGUACAUUGUCAAUAAAAAAAGGGUGUUGAGGUUUAGAGACUACUUUGUUUUGAAGUUUCGGGGUUAUUAAUUAGAGUUAUUAUCUGUAUAAACUGCUGUUUGUUUUAGUUGAAAAUAUUUCAUACAAAGUUACUCAAUCAUAAAAUCUGAUUGGUGGUUGAUUAUAGAACAAACAAAAGCUUUGUUAGGAUAAUUGGAAGAUGAAGUCAUUAGUUAUGGUUACAUACUGCUCUGCUUAACUUACAUAAACUUCCUGCAAAACUCUAAUGAUAAAUAUAAAUAUUUUUCACCUUACACCAUUCAGAGAAGAGAGAGAGGUGGUCCAGGAACAUGUAUGUGUGUGGUUCCAUGUCAAUUUCAACAUUUUAAAAACUAUUUUGAGUAUUGUCAGUCUUUGACCAGAUAAUUGAUAAUUCAACAUUACAUACAAAAGCACUAUCUUAUUUGGAACCAUGCAGAAUAAUUAUGCAUGGACUGAAUCAUCCCUAUCUACCUGGCCAUACUCCUUACCACUCGUGCCAUCUCUUUAGUUUGUUUGUUUCUCUAUAUAACUAAUCCAUCAUUAGCAUCUCAAUGUCGCACUAAAUCUUUUGUUUUACAUUAGAUCAUCAUCAUCUACUUUUAAGUGAGUUGGUGAGCAAUCACUCAGCCUCAUUAAAUACCCCAACAUACAGUACUCAAAAAGUC